GCAAGCGUGGUGGAAGAGGUACAGGGCGAUCGAUCGAUCGAUCAUCAAGCAGGAAACGAGGAUUUUCCAGGCCUCGUAGAUUCAAUGAAGCUGCACGCUCUGCGCUUUUCUCUCUUUAGGAACAUUAUCUUGUUUCGUUGACCCCACCCGCACUCGGGCCGCAGCUCUAGCCUUCCCUGCCUGCUGUUCUUCGAUCCCAUCGAGUGAUAGCGUGUGGGGCACAUUCUUUUGCACCCGCCUCCUUCUCCGUAGGUCCGUCGCCAUCCACACGGUUUGGAAUUGUUAUCGUCCGACUCGCUUGUCCUCGCGUCGCAGAGUGCCGAGUAUUUAAGGUCGUAGACCUUCCGGAGCUGGAGUGCUUGAACCAACUAGCUUUGAUAGCGAGCUGACGUCCGGAGUCCUGGGCUUGGACAUACGUAGUGGAGGAACUUACACGUAUAAUUAAGAAAUAAAUUUCCGGCUUUGCGACAGACGCAGGGAAAAAUUCGUCGACCCUGUUGCAGAGAAUCCCAGGUACGUUUUUCACGAAACUGGUUCGGAUGUGUUGGGUCUGGAGAUAAUCGUCCUGCGGAGUUCGUACUUGAGAAGCAGGAGGUUUUGCGUACGUCGUUCACUUGAAACAAUGUGAUUCGCGCCACGAGUUCUAGUUUCAGCGUCUGUGCACUUGCCACUUUGAAGCAUUGAGAUAGGUCGGCACGGUAAGAGGUGCACGGAGGGAACUGGAUUCUGCUGGCUCUCCGGACUGCCCUCGAACAUUCGGCGAAGAGAAUAUCCAUCGAGCUUCCUGUUUUUCUAUCUUCUGCCGGCCUCAUUUGUCGAAUAUGUUUUUUAUCCAUCAGAGUUGGUUAAUUCCCCAGGAGCACGAACUAGGUGCGAACGCCUUUGUCAAAACGACUGCUACGAAUAUAGUAAUUUUUAGCUAUGGGAGGAGCCUUGGGAUGUAUCCAGGUAGACCAGUCCACUGUUGGUGUGAAAGAACAGUUCGGGAAGUUCCGGAAAGUUGUUGAGCCGGGUAUUCAUUGCGUACCUUGGUGUUGUGGAAUAAACAUUGCUGGCAUUCUGUCACUUCGUGUUCAACAGCUUGACGUACGGUGCGAAACAAAAACCAAGGACAAUGUAUUCGUCACCGUGGUUGCAUCAGUCCAAUAUAGAGCUAUCAAGGACUCUGCCUUCGAUGCUUACUACAAACUCACGAACCCUCGUUCUCAAAUCCAGUCUUACGUCUUCGAUGUCGUCAGGGCGAGCGUCCCGAAGAUGAUCCUUGAUGAUGUUUUCGAACAGAAGAGUGAUAUCGCCAAGAAUGUGGAGGAAGAGCUGGAGAAGGCGAUGAGCAACUAUGGGUACGAGAUUGUGCAAACAUUGAUCGUGGAUGUCGAGCCCGAUGAAACUGUCAAACGUGCCAUGAAUGAAAUCAAUGCAGCACAACGAAUGAGGCAGGCCACUAGUGAGAAGGCAGAAGCAGAGAAGAUUUUGCAGGUCAAAAGGGCGGAAGCAGAAGCAGAGGCUAAGUAUCUAUCAGGUGUUGGUAUUGCUCGACAGCGCCAGGCCAUUGUUGAUGGAUUGCGGGAGAGUGUAGUAGCAUUUUCUCACAACGUUCCCGGGACAUCUGCAAAAGAUGUGCUUGAUAUGGUCCUGGUCACCCAAUAUUUCGAUACCAUGAAAGAAAUUGGAUCACAUUCCAAGAACUCAACUGUCUUCAUACCACAUGGACCAGGGGCUGUCAGAGAUGUGGCCGAGCAGAUUCGCAAUGGCCUCUUACAGGGUUCAGCUGGUGCCAGCAACUUUUAAAAUCCUUGUCAGCACUUACAUAUUUUGUUUAUAUUGUAUCAGUACAGUCCAUAUUUUUCAGUGGGUGGGAUUCUUCUUUGUCAAGUUUAGAUCAAAUUAGACACAGCACACGGAGGACGUUUGAGGGGUACGCAGAUAAACCCCAUUUAUUUGCUCAAAAGUGAAAGAAUACCAGAAACAUAUAGAACUUGUCUAAGCAGGGUUGUUGGGGAAGUAUAUUUUGAACUCUCAAGGAUUCUGGUUUUGUUAAUUCGCCGCACAGAGCAGGGCCACAGGUUCCAGGCGGUCGAACUCAUUGAUCAUAAUCUUAGUGCAGAUCAUGUAGAUGUAUUGGAAAAGUAGUCAGGACUCUUUUGAAAUCUUGCUUUCCUUUUAUUUCGUUGUAUAUGUAUCUACUACCCGUCAAUUAUUAAAAGUUCAAAAUUAGCAAUUCAC